UUUGUCCCUCUGUUAUUCUCUCUAUCUUUCUUUACCCUCUUUGCUGCCAAGCUGGAUUUCCUGCAGGUGAAACAUCUGAAGAGGAAAAGGAAGAGCAACUACAGCGUGAGAGAAACACAGACUCUCAUCAGGGAGAUCCACAAGAGGAGGGAUGUGUUGUUCUCCAGACAGCAGAACACAGCUGUUAAUGAGCUGAAGAGACAGGCAUGGGAAGAAGUGGCACGAGGUGUCAACUCACUGGGGGAGGGCGAGUUACGAACUGCUGCUGAAGUGAAGCGACGUUACCUGGACUGGCGUGCACUGAUGAAGAGGAAACAGCUUCAGGCCGAGUUCUCUCUCUCCUUCUCCUCACCCUCGUCUCUGGCCCCAAAGACGGAGUACGAUCAGUCCUCCCCUGAGCAUGAGGCAGCUUCUCUGGGGUCUGGGUGCGACCAGCUGCUCGACCUCUCAGGCCUCCCAAAGGACUGUCACUGCGACUGGCCGGAGCUGGCGGCUCUCGGUGAGCCGAGCGGUCAAGCCUUGAUGGCACCGCCAGACAUGAAGAUGGAGGACCACGUCAGUGAAUACAGACUGGAUGGUGAUGGUGAUGUGGGAGAUGGAGAAAUAGAUGAAGAUGAUAUUCCCUCCCUCCUCAGCGACAUUGAGUCACGUGGCGACGGGCAUGUUGGCGAUGUUUACUGCCACAGUGACUUGGGCACGCUCGGCUCUUCCAAGACUCCGAGCUCCACCACCAACCGAGACCUGCCGCUGGCUGCCGGCCUGAUGGGAAUGGCGCCUCAUGCUCUGAGUGGACUCAACAAUCAUGAAAACAUGGGCGCAGGGUUUCUGGUCGCUGUUGAGAAACAGCGACUGGAGCUGGAAAAACAACGCCUAGCUGUGGAAACCGAACGCCUGGCGGUGGAGAAAGAGCGGCUGGUGGUGGAGAAGGAGCGACUUCAUCAGAUGGAGGUGGAGAGGGAACGACUGCAGCUGGAAAGAGAGAGGUUGCAGGUGGAGAGGGAGAGGCUGAGACUUUUGUUCCUCAGCCAAUCAGAGCACAUAGACUCCUCUUUUAACCUGCCACCGCAACAAGGCCCGCCCUCGUCCUCCACGCCUUCUUUAUCCUGUACUCAUGAUGGACAGAGGGAGAGAGAGAAGGAAGGUAAAGGAUGGAUGUCGGUGGUGGAUCUGGAGACAGAGAGGUUAAAACUCGAGAAAGAGAGACUGCAGCUGGAGAAGGAGAGACUGCAGUUCUUCAAAUUUGGCGGCAGACUGCAGAUUGAGAGAGAACGCCUCCAGGUGGAGAAAGAGAGAAUGCAGCUGCACAAAGAUCAUCAGAGCCACUGA